AUGAUAUCUGUAUGCGUUAAUGACUGGGACGGGACUGGAUGGUCACAGUGGGCAGGAUUCGAGUUUAACUUUGGCAAGGCAGUUAUGACCAUCACAUGUAAUGAGCGCGAUUACUUAUUAGAGGACUGUGAGCGAGCUAAUUUUCAAAUCACGAUUCACUCGCAAAACUCGACGCCCGACAUGGGUAUGGACUCAAAGUACGUAAGCCUGCCAAUGGGUCACGACAUUAAUAUGGACUUUCAUCACAUUCACAUCAAACGUUUGCCGCCCUUUUACGACACCAAUUGUCGCGACUAUGAGCGCACCGACACCCGCAGUGAGUGUCAGACCCAAUGUUGGCUGUCCCACUACUCAAGAUUGUGUCCCGACAGCAACAGCCUGUCCACUGAUGGGUACAAUAGGUUUAUGUUUAGAGCCGAACAUUUGGUUGGCGAUAGUUUUUCCCGGCUUAAAUUGGCAGAUAAUAUGAAUGGCACCAACUGUACUGUCACUGUAUCCGUGGACUCGUGGUCCAUAGCAAACAGGAUAAAGAAUAUGGUGUUUAUAAAAGCAAGGUUGCUUAUUAGUGAUUUAAUAAAUGCUUUCAAUCACAACACCAUUAAUAUACUAAACGCUUAUCAAUAUUUCCACUGUUUUUGGCCUAAAUGUCAGUUCAAAACAUCAAGAAGAAAUCAUUUCAAUAGACAUAAUGAAUGUCGCAAACAGUUUACAACAAAACGCCAUUUACUUCAACACAAAAGUGCUGUUCAUUUGAAUGAAAAGAGAUUGAAAUGUAAUGAAGACAAUUGUGGCAAAUGUUUCGCACAAAACUCGUACCUAAUUGCACACAAACGCACACAAAAGCCAUUUGUUUGUCAUUUUACUGAUUGUGAUAAAUUGAGUUUUGCAUUCAAAUAUAUGAAUAAUCACAAACGUAGACAUUUUGGUGGCAAACCAUUUCAAUGA